AUGGAGCUAGAAGUCUUGGAAAUAUGUCCUUAUGACCCAAACCACAGGAUGUUAGUCAGCAGGUUACAGUACCACCUGGCAUCAUGUAGAAAGGUGAAUCCCACAAAACUAAAAAAGAUGGCUAACUGCAAAUAUAAUGCUUGUCAUGUGGUCCCAAUCAAAAGGCUCAAAGAACAUGAGGCUAACUGUGUCAAUAGAACUGCUAUAGAUGACAGCAAGUUUUUCAUUUGGGGGACAGAUAAGUGGAGUCGAGUUCUAUUGCCCCCCCACCCUCCAUAUCUCAUAGCUAUGGACACCUUAGCCAAAUGA